AUGACGAUUGAGCAGGAAGCUAAAGCUUUGCGCAUCUUACGCCAAACACAGGAAGUCACCAAUGGCAAUACCACCACUGCUUCAGACGCGCCUACGACUGUGAACAUGUCAGUACUUUCGAACGCAACUAACUAUGUCGAUUCCAACAGCAUUGGGCACGUCAAGGUGAACAACGACAUGGGCUGGUCGAACAUUCUUCCGAAUGAUUCCACCGUGCAUAUUAUCUACAAAGAAUCUGGUCCUAGUGGGGAGAUUUUAAUCAUCCCCGCAGGGCAGAAUGCAUCGGACGCUACAAAUUCCUCGUUUAGCGGCAGCGACUGGAUGUCAGGGAGCGAUUCAACUAAUCCAGUGAACACAUUGCCGACGGAGUCCAGCGACGACAAUGCUAGUAGGGAAAGCAAGGGUUUAAUACGUACAGGAUCAAGCUCGGUCAUACUCGUGGUUGUUGGCACGGCCCUGGCACUCGUUGCUAUCGUGUCAGUACUUGCAGUAGUGGUUUACAGUCGAAGGAAUCGACGACGAGCAUACUCCGAAGAUCAGAGCAACUCGGACCAGCCUUUCAUCGUGGGCUCGCUUCCCCACCAGCCAGUCCCGCAACUCAGCUUGCUCGACACGGACAUGUCGCCGAACCUUUGGCUGGAAGGCCAAUACCAGUACUCACCCAACAUGAGCGGGAUAAGGAACUCGCUCAACGGUACUGCGAUCCUGUUGGACAACAGCACGGCUGCAAUGCAUCACCGAUACACAGUUGACGCUCGUCCGUCCAGUCGUCGAGGCCACCGUAGAAAUGAUGGGCAAGGUGAUGUUGAGCUUGAUCAGCGCGGAAAUACUGGGCGUAAUCAUGCUGGGUAUGGCAAUACUGUGCGUGAAGAUUCCGGACGUGAUGGUAGCGUGCGUGGAAAUAGUGUGCGUGACGGUAGCGUGCGUGGCGGUAGCGCGCGUGGAAAUAGCGGGCAUGUCCAAGGUCGUAGCCGUAUCCAUGUUGGUCGUCGUGACGAUAGUGCUUGGCGUGAGCGUGGUGUUCUGGAUGAUAUUUCAGAUCGGAGUCGUCGUCGAAGAGGGACAACACCCAUCGUUUUAUACGACGAAAACUCAACUGAGGAGCACAAAUCCAAUCCAAGCAGAAUACAUCAACAUCCACGAACAUCAGUGUCAUCGCAACAACAGCGUCAGCGUCUACAGGAGCAGCAACGAAAACGCCGUCGUGACAAGUAUGCUACGAGGCGAGAUAGAUAA